UGUUGCUAAGAGAUCGUACUGCGGGAAAGGCCAGGCAGAUCACAAUGUCAAUGAAUGAAUCAAAUAAAGAUAAAAUCAGAGGUGAUACCAGUGUUGAUGGUGUCAGUCAUGAUGACCUUGACCAAAGUUAUGGUACAGAAGCAAUGAAUCUGGAUACAGAACAGGAAAAAUGCCAACCCGUUGAUACCCCUGGAGUACAGAUCCUUCAGGAUAGUGAACAUAUGGAGACUGGUCUUAGAGAAGAGGAAUCUGAGAGGAAUGAAGACUUACCUUUCACACAAACUCUUACCAUCACAACACUUCAAAAGAAGGACCAUAAUCACGAGUAUAAAUGUGAAAAUGUAGGAGAUGAUUUGCACAUGGAAAAAGAUGAAAUAAGGGCAGAUUAUCCUCACUCCGGGCCAUCUGUGGUCGGUGAAAUGCUACCGUUAAAUUCCAAAAACAAUGGCUCCUCAGGGGGAGAAAAUGAUCCAUCAGUUUCUGAAGACAAAGCCAAACCGCAUGAUUUGGAAGGAAAAGCCACAGAGCUUCUCCUUAUGAGAAAUAAUGAUGAUGUUCCUGGGGAAGACUCCUUGGUUUACACUGCCACCCCUAGGACUUUAUUUGAGGAUGAGGGGUUAACUUCCACAGACAAGCCACUGAACUUGAAUUGGUCAUUUGGUAUGAACAAAAACAUCCCGGCGUUCAACCUUCAUGAUGAAGACCACCAAGUGGUGGUGUAUGCGUGUGCCCACACUGCUGUUAUUCAUGACUUCUCACUGAACCGCCAGCGCCACCUGCAGGGUCACUGCAGCUGCAUUUCAUGCAUGUGUGUGAGUGAAGACCGGCGAUGGAUUGCUACAGCUGACCAAGGCCCAGAAAGUCUUAUUAUUAUAUGGGAUUCAUUCUCAGGCAUCCCUGUUCAUACAAUAUUCCAUAGCCACCCAGAAGGUGGUGUGGUAGCCAUAACUAUGUCUAAGAACGCAAAGUAUCUGGCAACUGUCGGAGGUGGACCGGUUCAGAGAGUUCGUAUUUGGGACUGGACCACUGGUGCUGGUGAAGCCGUCUGCACUGCGGAGCUUGAUGCCCAGUUUGGAUUGCAGAAUCACAUCACAUUUAAUCCUCAAGAUCACACGCAGUUAUUGACCAAUAGUGAAACAAAAGUAAUCUUUUAUUUGUGGAAUGAUUCCAGUUUGGAUUAUGUAGCUCCUUCAUUAGAUGACAGAACAUUUAACAAACGUGUUGGAGAUUUUAGUCAAUCAGUUUUUGACUUUGGUCCUGCAAGAGCCCUGACAGGAACUACCGCGGGGAACCUGGUUGUUUGGGAGACCAUCUCCCCUCCAUCUAUCAAAGCAAAGUCCUCCAUAAAACCACACAACAAGAAGGCCUUGAAGCUGAUGCAUGUGCAGAAAGAUAGCAUUACUGUGCUUACUGUCCAUGACAGAUAUUUUGUAACGGGUGAUGUUCGGGGCCAUGUGAAGUUCUAUGAUCAACAACUGCAGCUUGUAAACUGGUACAGCCAUUUCAAUCUGGCGCCUAUCCACUCCAUCUCCUUUUCAAAAUGUGCCCCAGUACCUGCAAGUGAAAAGACAAGAUACCCCAGGGACUGCUCAAAAAAGGGCGAUCAGUUUUCUAUAAGCAAUUUCAUUGUUUCGACGUUGGAUGCUGUGAUGCUGCAUGUGUUCACGGAUGGUACAGUGCUGAAGAAAGCUUUGCAGGAGCCCAGUGAAGCUGUUCAUGCGCUAGCCAGUCAUCCCUGCAAGCCAGAAAUAGCCAUUGGAAGUUAUAGCGGGGUUCUCAAGGUCUGGAACUACAAAGAGAAGAAUUACUUUAUCAGCAGGAUCUUUGGCAAAGACAAACGAUUGCAUUGCCUGGCAUAUGAUCCAACAGGGAUUCUUUUGGCAGCUGGUUUCACAGAUGGAUCUGUCCAUAUCCUCGAUGCCAUGACAUUGGAAGAUGAACGCAAAGAACCCUUUAAGUAUGCCAAAGGAUCCAUAACUCACAUUAGCUUCUCCCAUGAUUCCCAGUACAUUGCAACAGCUGAUGAGGAGUUCACCGUGACGCUGUUUAAAUUAGUAUCCCAGAAUAACGGGGCUGCAUUUGAAUACUUCGGAAGAUAUCGCAGCCAUUAUAAACCUAUUCAGAAUAUUAUAUUCGCCACUCAUUUGGAUAGCAAUGAGCCUAGACUCUUAUCCAUUGGAAUGGAUCGAAUGUUGGUGGAGUAUGACCUUGCCAACAGUAGAACAGGUCAUCUUCUUGUGAGCAGCACUGACCGGAUUGACCAGAGUGCCGUGCCACAAUAUUUAGUGUGGUACCCGCCUGUGACUAAAGAAAGCUUUAUGCUAGUGGCAAAUGAUCAAUAUAAAAUGAAACUGUUCAAUGUAACUACAAAAAUGUGCAGAAAGACUCUCCUUGGGCCUACAUUUGGUUCUCCUAUUCGAAAAAUGGAAGUACUUUCCUCAGAUAAUCCUGAUACCAGUAAGGGAUUCUUGGCCUACAUUACAGAUGAUAAGGUUGGGCUUCAGAUUUUACCUAUAGAUGGAAACCCACACAAGUCAAUGGCUGCCAUAUGCCACCCAAAUGGAGUUGCCAAUCUUGCCUGCUCACACGAUGGACACUACGUGUUUACAGCCGGUGGAGAGGACUGCACAGUGAUGAUGUGGAAGACAAACUUGCAAGCUCUGGAGGCUGUUGCUUCACUUGGGGGAAAUGAUUUAACCCCAUUUUAUGGAUUGCUUGAAGGAGGACGAGAUGGGCCAUUAUUCAAGGAGCUAGAGGAUUAUUUCUAUUAUGCACAGCUACGUAACCAGGGCAUUGACACAAUGGAUUCCAGACAAGUGUCGACUCAUAUUCCCCUGAAGGAAGUCCCUUUCAUCAUGCGCGCUUUGGGAUUCUAUCCGUCAGAGCAAGAGGUGGAAAAUAUGCUUAACGAAGUUAAAUUUAGUGAAUACGUUGAUACCGGAAAACAAGUCACGCACAUCAACUUGGAAGAUUUCAUAAAACUUUAUAUAAAUCAUAGGCCUGCUUUUGGGCUGUGUAUGGAUGAAAUACAAAAUGCUUUCCGAGUGCUUGGUCUUGCUAAUGAGAAAGGAGAAGAAUCAAUUAACAGAGCAGAUUUACUGCAGUUGCUGCAAACACGAGGUGAGCAUUUGACAGAAGAUGAGCUUGCUGAAUAUCUCACCACUUUGUUAGGAUUAAAUCCAGAAGGUGGCCGCUCGGAACUAAGCAGCUACGAUGCUACAGGUGCUUCUGAAUUACUAGAGCAAGAAAUCCCAGAAGACGUUACAACGAAUGUGUUUUCUGCAGAAAUCCUUGGUUUACCCGUCCACACAAAGGAUACCUUUGAAGAAACGCUAGGGAAGGUCUCUGCUUAGCGGCCACUUUUCUUACUUAGCUAUUUCUAAUAAUGUUACAAUAUGGUAACAUUCACAAGAAAAGGUUUCUUAUAAAUACUGUUGAUACUAGGCAUUUGAUAUGUAUUCCACCAACAUAAUUGUUUUUGCCAUAACUGUUUUGUUCCAAGAAAUUGUAACUAAAUAAAUACUAUCUUUUUUA